GUGUUGCUCAGUGGGUAGUAGUGGUUUCUCGUGCUGGUGUCCUGUUGAAGAGCCUCCUUAGUGCUCUGUGCUGUUGUCUUGCUGUGUCCUGGGUUAGGACUGCCAGCCUAUGGCUCUAAUGGACAAGCACAAAGUCAAGCGGCAGAGACUUGACCGCAUCUGUGAGGGCAUCCGCCCCCCCAUCCUGAACGGGCCCAUGCACCCCCGGCCCCUGGUGGCCCUGCUGGACGGGCGUGACUGCACCAUAGAGAUGCCCAUCCUGAAAGACGUGGCCACUGUGGCCUUCUGUGAUGCCCAGUCCACCCAGGAGAUCCAUGAGAAGGUGUUGAACGAGGCGGUGGGGGCUCUGCUCUACCACACCAUCACUCUCUCUAGAGACGACCUGGACAAGUUCAAAGGCCUCCGAGUCAUCGUCAGGAUCGGCAGCGGCUAUGACAACGUCGACAUCAAAGCCGCAGCUGAGCUGGGCAUCGCGGUGUGUAACGUGCCGGCGUCGUCGGUGGAGGAGACGGCCGACACAUCCUUGUGUCUGAUCCUAAACCUGUACCGUCGGGUCACCUGGAUGCACCAGGCCCUGAGGGAGGGCACCAGGGCCUCCAGCGUGGAGCAGAUCAGGGAGGUAGCCGGCGACGCUGCCCGCAUCCGGGGGGAGACGCUGGGCAUCAUCGGCCUGGGUCGUGUGGGCCAGGCGGUGGCUCUGCGGGCCAAGGCGUUUGGUUUCGGGGUGAUCUUCUACGACCCAUACCUGCCUGAUGGUGUGGAGCGCUCCCUUGGCCUGCAGAGGAUGGCUACACUCCAGGACCUGCUCAUCCACUCUGACUGUGUCUCUCUACACUGCAGCCUCAACGAACACAACCACCACCUCAUCAAUGACUUCACCAUCAAACAGAUGCGUCAGGGAGCGUUCCUGGUGAACUCUGCGCGGGGGGGUCUGGUGGAUGAGAAGGCUCUGGCUCAGGCCCUGAAGGAAGGACGUAUACGAGGAGCCGCGCUGGACGUCCACGAGACAGAGCCCUUCAGUUUCUCACAGGGCCCUCUGAAAGAUGCUCCCAACCUCAUCUGUACCCCCCACACCUCCUGGUACAGUGAGCAGGCCUCCAUCGAGGCCAGAGAAGAGGCAGCCAGGGAGGUGCGCCGUGCCAUCACUGGUCGUAUUCCAGACAGUCUGAAGAACUGUGUGAAUAAGGAGUAUCUGAUGGCAGCGUCACAGUGGCCCAGUAUGGAGGUUGCGACAGUCCACCCCGAACUCAACAUAGCCUCAGCAUACAGGUUUCCUGCAGGUCUGAUAAGCGUGGCAGCAGGGGGUUUGACAGGGGCAGGUGCAGGGGUAGAGGCUCUGGCCCUGGCUCACGCCAUCGCCCCUGUGUCCCACCCCCCCCACGCCCCAUCGCCAGGGCAACCCAGCAAAGCUGAGGCAGACAGAGACAUCUCCUCUGACCAAUAGCACCCCAACAUUCCUCCAUCACCCCUGGAAACCAACAACCCACCCCCUCCCACCAUUUUCAUCAUUACCACCAACCCUCCUCACCGACCUCAGGCAGAUUUACACUGGGGUCCCGGUUUGAUCCGGUUUCAGCUGGAUCCUUCAAAACACAGUACCAGUCCAGGAGUGAUCCGCCCGUCCACAACAUGCCCCCUCUCCCCUUCCGGAACCCCUUCCUUGGACCUCCCUCAACCCCUCCCCCUUACCUCCAUAUCCCUCCACACCAACACACCUUCAGCAAUAACUCUCUUCUCAAGGAUUCAAUAAUUGGAUUGGUAUAUUUCUUGAGUUUUAUUUUUUAUUUUUUUGGUGAAAGCAAUUUUUUUUGCUGUUGAUCUGUUAUGUUUGUAGGUGUUUUUGUUUUGAGUAGCAUCUCUGCAGUGAGGCUGGACCGUGAGGCUAGUUGUUUUCUCCCUGGUUGUUUUGAUCAGUGAGAGAGGAGUGAAGGUUUGGCCCAUCUCGCUCUCUCUGACGUCUCUCUCGCUCUCUGACAUCUCUCUCUCUGACCUCUCUCUCUCUGACAUUUCUCUCUCUGACCUCUCUCUCUCUGACAUUUCUCUCUCUGACAUUUCUCUCUCUCUGAUCUCUCUCUCUCAUCUCUCUCUCUCAUCUUUCUCUGACAUCUCUCUCUGACAUCUCUCUCUCUGACAUUUCUCUCUCUCUCUCUCUCUCUGACCCAUCUCUCUCUCUCUGACAUUUCUCUCUCUCUGACCUCUGUCUCUCUCUCUCUGAUCUCUCUCUCUCUGACCUCUCUCUCUCUCUCUCUGACAUUUCUCUCUCUCUGACCUCUCUCUCUCUCUCUCUGACAUUUCUCUCUCUCUCCCUCUCUCUCUGACCUCUGUCUCUCUCUGUCUCUCUCUGACCUCUGUCUCUCUCUGUCUCUCUCUCUCUCUCAUUUAAGAUAAUAUGGAAAAUGUGUACAACAAUAAGACAACACGACACCAAGCUUCUAUUGGCCGAUUUCUAGCCUGAUCCGAGAUAUGUAUCUGAAGACAAGUCAGCUAGCUUUAGCCAAGUUAUCUAAUGCUAAUUCCUAAUCUGAUUCCUUGUCUAUCUGUUGGCUAGUGUAGGGAUGAAUAAUGUCAGUGUGGAGCUGAAACCUUAAGGAAGCAUGUUAAAUCUGUCUCCACUGCCUCUGCUGCGUCAGACCCUUUCGGUCUGUCUCUCUUCUUCUUAAGAUGGUGAAACCUCUCCUUUGGCGAUAACUCGCUUCCCUGUUUUUACGUCCCCUUUUUAUGAUGUAAUGGCCAGGCUCCUUUUUUCCCGCUCCAGUCACUUCCUGUUGAAAGGUCAGAUGGAUGGUGUCCUAUGGAUUCUGUAUCAUCACUUUACACAUGGUCUUAUACUCAACAGUUAGGUGAAGCGUUUGUUCUGUAAAGGAAGACCCCUGAAGCGGUGUGGAGCUUCAACAUCAUGUGACAACAGUUUCAUAUCAGUUGGAUAGUGGAUUGGAAUUUCACUUCAUACAAAAAGAGUGAAUUAUUGUGUGUGGACAUUGUUGUUUUUCAGAGGCACUUAUUAACCCUGAGUAGACACACCCACCCACCCACCCAGAGUGAGCUGAGUAGUGGGCAGCCUAGGGCAAGGUUUCCCCCCCCCCCCUCCGGGUGCACCUUUUGGUUUUUGCCCUAGCACUACACAGCUGAUCCAAAUAAUCAAAGCUUGAUGAUGAGUUGGUUAUUUGAAUCUGCUGUGUAGUGGUUUGUAGGACAGAGGUUUGGCCAGCAGGGGGGGAGGCACUGACAUGUGAAUGGUUAGUCAGGCUGAGCUCGGAUAGCUACAGUGUAGUUUAGUACCAGCCAGACAGCUAGCUCUGGCGCCCCCUGGGUUUUCCUAACACAUCCACACAGCAGUCAGCAAUAGGGCAGGUGAUGCACAUGGAAUACCACUGACUUCCAAAGUCAACAGGGACGGGUGACAAGGCGAGGUCUCGCUGUCUUUCUCCCCUCCUCCCUCUCUUUCUCCCCCCAUCCAGCCCCUGAAGAACUCGGCUCUCCACUAGCGCUUUAUCAGCCUGUGUGGAUCCACCCACCCCUUCAAGAUAGGACCGGUGGUGUAGCCAGCGUGUGGAUUCAACCAUCCCUUUAAGAUCGUACCGGUGGUGUAGCCAGCGUGUGGAUCCACCCAUCCCUUUAAGAUAGGACCGGUGGUGUAGCCAGCGUGUGGAUUCAACCAUCCCUUUAAGAUAGGACCGGUGGUGUAGCCAGCAUGUGGAUCCAACCAUCCCUUUAAGAUAGGACCGGUGGUGUAGCCAGCGUGUGGAUUCAACCAUCCCUUUAAGAUAGGACCGGUGGUGUAGCCAGCGUGUGGAUCCACCCAUCCCUUUAAGAUAGGACCGGUGGUGUAGCCAGCGUGUGGAUUCAACCAUCCCUUUAAGAUAGGACCGGUGGUGUAGCCAGCGUGUGGAUUCAACCAUCCCUUUAAGAUAGGACCGGUGGUGUAGCCAGCGUGUGGAUUCAACCAUCCCUUUAAGAUAGGACCGGUGGUGUAGCCAGCGUGUGGAUCCACCCAUCCCUUUAAGAUAGGACCGGUGGUGUAGCCAGCGUGUGGAUUCAACCAUUCCUUUAAGAUAGGACCGGUGGUGUAGCCAGCGUGUGGAUUCAACCAUCCCUUUAAGAUAGGACCGGUGGUGUAGCCAGCGUGUGGAUCCACCCAUCCCUUUAAGAUAGGACCGGUGGUGUAGCCAGCAUGUGGAUCCAACCAUCCCUUUAAGAUAGGACCGGUGGUGUAGCCUGCGUGUGGAUCCAACCAUCCCUUUAAGAUAGGACCGGUGGUGUAGCCAGCGUGUGGAUUCAACCAUCCCUUUAAGAUAGGACCGGUGGUGUAGCCAGCGUGUGGAUUCAACCAUCCCUUUAAGAUAGGACCGGUGGUGUAGCCAGCGUGUGGAUUCAACCAUCCCUUUAAGAUAGGACCGGUGGUGUAGCCAGCGUGUGGAUCCAACCAUCACUUUAAGAUAGGACCGGUGGUGUAGCCAGCGUGUGGAUUCAACCAUCCCUUUAAGAUAGGACCGGUGGUGUAGCCAGCGUGUGGAUUCAACCAUCCCUUUCUAACAGGAUAAAGGGAUUCACCAUUCCCUUUUAAGAACAAGGGUGGAUUGUGUUUAUUCUUCCAUACUUUAGAGUGGCUUUGCGAAGGAGACGGUAUCUAUGUGGAUCCACCCAUGGUUGUAUUGACAAGUCAUCGUUGUCUUUCUAAAGGAGUAGUCCCUACGAUUAACUCUUAAUGCCGUCUUAUCAAGGGAAUACCCUUGUAGUACCUCAGUAACAGAUAUUGAAUGUACGUUCAAAUCCUUUUCUUUUCCUGUACAGCUUUUCUAGUGACCUCUCUGCUAUUCCUGGGAGGGUUGUGAAAAUUGUAGCACUGACGACGAUCAAUAAAGACCCCACUAACUCAAUGACCAAACUGUAGAGGAUUUCCUUUCAAUCUGUCUUAAAAACCAGUUACUUAUCUCUCUCUGCAUUUUGAUCUUUUCUACUUCAUUUGUUUCUCUGUGGAAAACGAGCACAAUGCUUUCCCGUGAUUUUUAAUUGGACACCAGAUUCCGUCUGACAAGUUUCUUCAACCUCCUGUUCUACAGAACAAUGUAACUUGGAGGAAAAUUCAAAGCGUCAGCUUGAUCUGUUAGUUUCCUUUUCUAGAAUAUAGAACUAGAUGCCUUUCUCUUUCCCCUAAUGCUGCUCAAGCUAUUGUGCAUGUAAGGUAUUUUUGGAGGUAAAUGCUAUUGGCUUAAAGAUUGUUAUGUUGUUGUCCACCCUUUGCUCCCCAGUGCUUUACCCUUAACCCAAGUUGCCAUUUUGUGGUGGUCAGUAACCAGUGAUAUACAGUUUCCCCCUACCUACCGGAGUCUGAGGACAUGGGAGUGUGCCUGUGUCCAAACAUUAUAGGCUCCUGUCUCAUGUGAUUUAUAUAUAUAUAUAUAUAUAUAUAUAUAUAUAAAAAUGUAAUAUCCCCAAUAGUUUGAAUUAUGAGCGUAAAUUGUGAUCUUACAUUGUGGUCUUACAUUGUGGUCUUACAUUGUGGUCUUACAUUGUGGUCUUACAUUGUGAUCUUACAUUGUGGUCUUACAUUGUGAUCUUACAUUGUGAUCUUACAUUGUGGUCUUACAUUGUGGUCUUACAUUGUGGUCUUACAUUGUGAUCUUACAUUGUGGUCUUACAUUGUGAUCUUACAUUGUGGUCUUACAUUGUGAUCUUACAUUGUGGUCUUACAUUGUGAUCUUACAUUGUGAUCUUACAUUGUGGUCUUACAUUGUGAUCUUACAUUGUGAUCUUACAUUGUGAUCUUACAUUGUGAUCUUACAUUGUGGUCUUACAUUGUGAUCUUACAUUGUGAUCUUACAUUGCCGUUGAUGAUAUUGAUGACAUAUUUGGGUUGUUUUCAGUUCAGCACUCACUGUGUUGUUGAAACCAUUUGUUUUCUUUGUUUUGUAAUCUAUCUCUGUGUUUGACAUGUUGUACUGAAACAUUUCAGAAAAAAACAACCUUUUGAAACGUUUUGUGAAAUGUUUUUUGUCCUAGCCACUCUGCCGUACGUAGCGUAGCUGCUCUAUCCAGCCGGAAACCUCCGGGCCUUAACUCUCCCUAUAAAGUAGCUGUAGAGUUACCAUGGAAACACUUACUGCCUUAAUCACAGUUGACCACAGUAGGUGAGGUAGGAGACAGUCAGACGUCAUACUAACAACUAACACUUUACAGUCUGUAUUCAAUCAAUACCGGUGAAAGAGUUUUGCCCCAUUAUUCAAAAGGAACUCUGAAAAAAGCACAUUUGAAUUGAUAUGCAGUUGUCUUUUAGUUUGAAACAGCAAAUUAUUUGUUGAGUACAUCAAUUAAAAUAUGCAUUAUUUCAGUGCAGAAUAAAACAUGUCUGACUUAA